GCCAGACCUCUCUUUCAUCUGGACAACUUCCUUCUUCCAAUUAUUUACAUCAUAUAAUUAAAAGGCUAUGGAGAUCUCAGACCAGAAACAACUCCCCCAAGAGCUGGAUUUGGAGGAGAUAACUAGGAAAAUUUCAUUUCUUGACAAAUGGAGCGAAAUCUUCAGUUAUCACAGAUUGGGAACCAAUAAUACAACUUCUCAGAAUCCCGAAGGCAGCCACGCAUCUGCUGAUGAAAGUAAAGAUGGGCCAGGAAUGCCUCGGCCCAAAGGAUACGGACUCUUGACAUCAAGCAGCCUUUGUUCUUUGCCCAACCCCUCCUCUAUCAUCUCUUCAAAAUCAGGCGGCGUUCCUAUCUCCCUAGCAAUGGCUAUGAGGCUGCGGCAGAGCCUCUUUGGAAAUGCAGUCCACACCUUCAGCUGUGACUGGGAAGAGGCCUGUUUCAGGUUCCACGAUCCUUUUUCUGACCUGGCUUUUGCUUUGGAAGUGGGAAAGGGAGGUGCCCGAAGCAUUCAGAUGGCUGUACAAGGAUCCAUCAUCAAAUACUUGUUGUUUACAAGGAAAGGGAAAGACUGUAACUUCCACAGUUUAUGUGCAAUGAGCAAGCAAGAGCAGAAGCAAGCCUUGGCUGUGGCCCUGGCUGGUAUCCUGUGGGCUGCAGGAGAAGCUCAGAAGGCCACCCUCUGUCUUGUCACUGAGGACACCUACAUCACCUCAACUCCUGACUACUCUGCGGACAAUUUCACUGAGCGGCUCCAGCUGUUUGAAGUUUUAGACAAAGAAGCCACUGAGAAAUUCAUCUAUGAUCAUUUACAAUGUUUCAGUGGAGAAGGGAGCCGUGGGGUCAUCCUGUUUCUUUACAGCCUGGUCUUCUCUAGAACUUUCGAAAGGCUUCAGAAGGACCUAGACGUCUCCACUGUUCACCUGUUACAACCAAGUGCUGGAGGCUUCCUAUGCAGGCAGGCAGUUCUGAACAUGAUUUUAACUGGAAGAGCAAGUCCACACGUCUUUAAUGGCUGUCAAAAUGGAAAGUCUCAAGAAAUAUUACAUGGAGUCCUGACCCGCAGUGACGUCGGCUAUUUGCGAUGGGGCAAGGACACCUCAGAGGAUGACAGGCUUUCCCAGGUGGGCAGCAGGCUGAAGAGUCCCAAAUUACCGAUUUGGCUGUGCGACAUCAAUGGAAAUUGCAGUGUCCUUUUCAGCACAAACAGGCAGCUCUUAUCAGACUGGAAAAUGGAGCGGCUCUUUGAUCUGUACUUUUACAGUGGGCAGCCUUCACAGAAAAAGCCUGCCCGUCUUACCGUAGAUACUCACUCCCAUCCCUGGGAAAGGGACCAAGGUGAGAACGAACAUGGACCAGGAAGACGGUUUUCUCCAGUGGAGAUGGCAAUCAGAACCAAAUGGAGAGAGGCCACCAUCAACUGGAAAGGAGCUGUUCCCUUUUUCUAAAGAGAAAGCCAUGAUGUGCAGUGAAGUGUCAGAACUGCUAGGAUAGAAAGAUUAAUUUGAGGGGACGUUAUUUCACAUCUACAUUACCCACAGAAAACCCCCACUAGCAUUCUUUGGGAGGCGUCUGUGUUAGGUCCUCUGCAGUUGCUUUCAGAGUUGGAGGAGGAACAGUGGUCCCUAAAGCAGGGUCUGCAAGGUGUAUCCUCCAUAUCACAGGUGACAAACACAAGGCCCUCGGGUUGAAUCUGGCCCUCCACCUUUUUUUAUCCGGCCCCUUGUUUCUAUCCAGUGGCAGUGCUGAGCUCUUUGUCCCUAGGUAAGGAGUAGUUACAUUUAUACAGUCCUAAAAUUACAUUCCGCCCUUUGAAGUCAACCAUGAGGCUGAUGUAACCCCCAGUGAAAAUGAGUU